CCACCUCUCCUUUCACAUAAUUAAUUACUAAUAAAGAUGAACAGUGCAACUAGCUUCUACCUUUUACUGCUGCUGCUUCUGUGAAUAGUGCUUAGCACAGCAUAUCUCCCUCUCUGCUUCAAACCCUAGCAAUCCCAGAAUUGCACUUUCUUCGAAAUGGGUAGUAGCAGUACAUCGCCUCCACCACACGAUGCAUGGCUUCUUGCUUACCAGAAAUUGCUUCCUCAAUGGCAAUCUCUCACCCCCUCGUCUCACCUGUCAACAAUACCAAUUUCAAUAUCUAGAGUUAAUCAAUUUGAUGCUGCAAGAUUAGACAUUGAAAUGUCAGCGAUGUUAAAAGAGCAAUUGGUCAAGGUCUUCUCUCUAAUGAAGCCAGGAAUGUUAUUUCAAUAUGAGCCAGAACUUGAUGCUUUCCUUGAGUUUCUUAUUUGGAGGUUCUCUAUUUGGGUAGAUAAGCCUACUCCUGGAAAUGCUCUGAUGAAUCUGAGGUAUAGAGAUGAUCGUGCAGUCGAACCGAGAGAAAAAGUCAGAACAGGUUUGGAAGGACCUGGACUUACUGUGGCUCAGAAAAUCUGGUAUUGCAUUGCCACUGUUGGUGGUCAAUAUGUCUGGGCUCGCUUGCAGUCAUUCUCAGCUUUUCGUAGAUGGGGUGAUUCUGAGCGGAGGCCUCUAGCACGACGAGUAUGGAUUUUGAUACAACGAGUUGAGGGACUUUACAAAGCUGCUUCAUUUGGCAACCUGCUCAUAUUUCUUUACACGGGAAGAUUUAGGAACCUCAUUGAAAGAGUCUUAAGAGCAAGGCUUGUCUAUGGAAGCCCUAAUAUGAACCGUGCUGUUAGCUUUGAGUACAUGAAUCGCCAAUUAGUGUGGAAUGAAUUUUCGGAGAUGUUAUUGUUGCUGCUUCCUCUUCUUAACUCAUCAUCUGUUAAAAGCUUACUUAGCUCGUUUUCGAAGGACAAAUCCUCUAGUUCCACAGGAGAUGAUGGUACUUGUCCUGUUUGCCGCUCGAUUCCAACCACUCCAUUCCUUGCUCUUCCCUGUCAACACAGGUACUGUUACUACUGCCUUAGAACACAAUGUUCUGCAUCUCCAGCAUACCGCUGUCCUAGAUGCAGCGAGCCAGUAGUAGCUAUGCAGCGGCAUGGUUUCUUUGCUCCUAGUCCAGAGUGAUAGAGCAGUAGGAUGAAGAUCAAUAUUAAGUACUGUAAAAAAUUUAAGAAAAAAAAAGGAAAAAGAAAACAAAAGAGGAAGAAGAAGAUGUGCCCAAUUAGGCAUAUAAUUUAAUCAAGUGAUAAAGCUGCUUUUUUUUUGUCUUCCUGUAGAAGAAAUUGUUCACCCAAUUGCUUUGGGAAUCAUUCUUUGUCAUAUUCUGCAAUUAAGAAAUUCUUUUCUCAAUUCAUAAAUUCCUGAAAAAGCUCUAUUGUUUUCUUCUUGA